GGGUGAGCCUUGCACAGUCUUCAAAAAGCUUCAACCUUUGGGAAAUCGCCACCCCUUGGGAAAACUUCAACCCUGGGAAAGCUCCAACUGUGGGACUGCUCAAUCCGUGGGAAUGCUCCAACUGUGGAAAAGCCCCAACUCGUGUACCACCUGCACCCCUCCCCCAUACGUGCAAAAAAAAAAAAAAUAAAAAAAAACUCAACCCUUUUUUGCGAAACGACCCAGCUCUAAAUGAGUAAAGCGAUGGCCAAGGAAGUCACCAUUUCCCACUGCAUCAAAAACUGGGAACAGAAAAAUGGCAGAAAAAUUAGCGAAGAAGAAGAAGUGAGCUUCAUUUGCCACAUCCCCUUGAUCGAGAAAUUGGACAACAGCAUCAACUCACUGGAGAAGUGCAAGCGCCUGUCCUUGUCAACCAACCGAAUUGAAAAGUUUGUCCCGAUGUCCGGUCUGAAAAACGUGGAGAUCCUCUCGCUCGGAAGAAACUGCAUAAAGAAAUUUCAGUUCCUCGAGGACAUCAGCGGCACGCUGAAGCAGCUGUGGAUUUCGUACAACAGCAUUGACAAGCUGGACAACCUGCAGUCCCUCAAGAAGCUCCAAGUGCUCUACUUGUUUCACAACAAAAUAAAAAACAUCGAGGAGGUGGACAAACUGAGCGCCUUGCCAGAACUUGCCGAGCUGGGACUGAAGGGGAACCCCAUAUAUGAGGGAAAGACAAACGAGUAUAUGAAGCUGGUGAUUUUAAAAAAGCUGCCCCAGCUGAAGGUCGUGGACAACGAGACGGUAAAAGGAGUGUUGCGAUGUGUGUGA